GAGGAAGAGGAGGAAGAGGAGGAAGAGGAGGAGGAUCAGUGUGAUGCAGCUCUGUGAUGGGAGAGGCAGACGAACACGAUGGGAAACAAACAGACAACCUUCACCGACGAGCAGCUGGAGGCGUUUCAGGACUGCACCUUCUUCACCAGGAAGGAGAUCCUGCGAUUACACGGCAGAUACCGUGAGCUGGCUCCACACUUAGUCCCUCUGGAUUUCACCAACAGCCCCGACAUCAGAGUCCCCCCGACGCUCAUCGUCAGCAUGCCGGAGCUCAAGGAGAACCCGUUCAGGGACCGGAUCGUUGAGACGUUCUCCGAGGAUGGACUGGGGAGCAUGAGCUUCAACGACUUCGUGGACAUGUUCUCCGCUUUCUGUGAAACGAGUCCACGAGAACUCAAGACCAUCUACGCCUUCAAGAUCUACGACUUCAACAGGGACAGCUUCAUCUGUAAGGAGGACCUGCAGAAAACCCUGACCAAGCUGACUAAAGGGGACCUGAGCCCCGAGGAGGUCUCUCUGGUCUGUGAUAAGUCUCUGGAGGAGGCGGACCUGGACGGGGACCACAAGCUGUCCUUCUCUGACUUCGAGAACAUGGUCUCCAAGGCCCCGGACUUCCUAAGUAACUUCCACAUCCGGAUAUGACCCUGCAGAGAUGCUUUAGAGGACGGACGUCUCACUCGGACCUGUUUCCUGUCUCCAUGAAGCAGAGACCAAUCAGAGGGCGUCCUUCUCCUGGUGUAGACCCGC